GCUAACGCGGCCAUUUUCGAUAGGGUUAAUUGAGUUUGGUUCUGGAGUUGUUUGGAUGUAAUUUCGCGUUUACUCAGACGUAUUGCCUAAAAAGACUGAAGUGUCAGGCAAAAUUAAGAAAAGAUGAUGGAAGAGAGUGGAAUAGAGACCACGCCGCCCAGCACUCCUCCACUUCCUCUUAGUGCUGCUGUCACAGUCAGUCCUCCACCGCUCACAAUAGGUCUUUCUAGUCCACUGAACCUUCCUAGCACCACCGGCAUCUCCAGCUUUGCCCCAGAGGGCUUCUCCACACCAGCACCCCCUGCAGCAGUGACCUCCACCCUGCCCCACAUUCAGUCCUCUCCUCCUUUCUCCCUCAGCCCUAUGAACCCGCUCUCCACGGCCUCUCGGAUGCCUCCUCCUCCUGUAGGUGGUGGUGUGGGAUUCGGCAGUCCACAUGUCUCCUCUCCUGCUCCACCGCCUCCUGGCCCAGUGCUUUCUGCUCCGCCAGUGGGGCCGCCCACCACCGGUUUCAGCACUCAUACGGCGUACGACAUCACACGUGGACAUGCUGGCCGUACGCCACAGACUCCACUGAUGCCCAGCUUCUCCAGUGCACCACCCAUGCCAGGUGUGGUUACAAAUCCAAUGAUGCAACAGCCAGUGAUGUCUGGUGGUUUAGAGGUUGUCUCCCCGAUUACUUUCCCAGAAGAUCAUGGAGAUCCCAGAGUUGCACAAGACAACAUGCCUGGAGGUGGAAUAUGGGGCUUCAUCAAGGGUGUAGCCGGUAACCCCAUGGUGAAGACGGUCUUGGACAAAACCAAACACUCUGUAGAGUCUAUGAUCACCACGUUAGACCCUGGGAUGGCUCCAUACAUUAAAUCAGGAGGCGAUUUGGAUAUUGUGGUGACCUCUGAUAAGGAGGUGAAGGUAGGAGCAGUGCGGGAUGCCUUCCAGGAGGUGUUUGGCAUGGCCAUGGUGACUGGGGAGGCAAGCCAAUCCAACAUUGCUCCUCAACCAGUGGGCUACGCAGCAGGAGUCAAGGGGGCUCAGGAGCGUAUUGACAGUCUACGCCGUACUGCCGCGAUCCACGAGAAACAGCCUGUGGUCUCUGUGGAGAACUUUAUAGCAGAGCUCUUUCCAGACAAGUGGUUUGACAUUGGCUGUGUGAUUCUGGAUGACCCUGGCAAUGGCAUCCAUAUCGAAACUUUCACACAGACUACUCCUGUACCUCUGGAACACGUACAACAGGCUCAGUCUCUCACCCCUCCGGAUUACAAUCUACGCUGGUCAGGCCUGCUCGUGACCAUAGGCGAGGUGCUAGAGAGGAGCCUGCCCAAUGUUAGCCGCACCGACUGGCACCAGGCCUUCACUGGCAUGUCCCGCAGACAGAUGAUCUACAGUGCUGCCAAAGCUCUGGCUGGCACAUAUAAACUGCGGCUGCCCCCCAGGAUGGUAUAAGAUCAUCUAAACACCAACUCUGCUCUCAGAACACAGACACUGUCAGAAGAUGGCCCUUUAUUUUUAUUAUUUUUUUUUUUGAGCGUCUCUAUAGAAAAUGAGUCAUUCAAGGUCUUGAAUUUAAUAGUCAGUCGGUUGCCCGAGUUCUGAGCAGGGUUGGUCCAUCUUAUAUGCACACGUAUAAAAGCAAGUUGCCAAUGUUACAAUGGUGGAGUAAGACUUGUAAAUGUGUUAGAAUUUAUUAGGCCCGGACACGUCGGAUACAGUUGGAGGUUAUCCGUGGGUUUGUAGAUAUUUUGGAAAAGGAGCAGGGAUAGACCAAGCUGAGGUCAACAGUGAAACGUAUGGACCUUAAAAACAUUAGAUCAGGAUGUUGGUUAGAUUUCAAAUUCCAGAUACUGUUACCAGUUUCUCAAUAACUGAACAUGUAUGCUAUGUACCAUGACGAAUAGAACUUAAAUCUUCAGGAAGAGAUGAACUACUAAUCGAACAAGUAGUGAGGGAAUUGAUCCUGAUCUGGGUUCUACAGCAGACUAUAGCAUUGUUUGAUGCAGAUUAUCCAACAAUUCUUUUUAGUAGAUUAUUCAACUACGAAUUGUAUCAUUUAUUUUCCAAUAACAAGGACCUGAAAGCCAAGUGGCAUACUUAUUUGUAUGAUUAUCCUGGUAAAAUAGUUUCUCAAAGGGCUUGGACUACGUUAAGCCCUGAAUGUUUCUAAUAGUUGUUUUCAGUCACCUAAACAUGUUUGUUUUUAACUUGGUUUUCAUAGUUUGCUUUUAUACACAUGCAUUUUUUUGCAUUUUGCCAAUAGAGUAGAGUACUGGCUACUCUUAUAAAAAUAGAUCUUAUAAACUGUCAGUGGGCUUUAACAUAUGUAGACGUUUGUACUGAGUCUGUUAUACAGUCUGUCCAUCUUGAAUUAAUUGAUUGAACUCAGGUUUGUAUUUAGCCCAUUCUAAAGCACAAAUUGUGCAGUGUAUAUAGGGUAAAUGUUCAUUUUCCGCUACCAAAGGACAUGUAAGCUGCUUCGGGGCAAUUGCUUUUAAAGAAAUGGUUUUCACUUUUCUUAAAGACUCUGAACGUUUGCCUGAUUUGCUGCAUACAGAAAGCAUGGAUGUGUUCAUUACAUCUUGGUAAAAGCCUAAACUUUAUUCUGGCCUGAAGGGUGGAUAAUCUAAAUGUUGUGCAAAUUGUGUGCUCUAAAUACAGUACUUGCAUUUUUAAAGUAGACCUAUUGCUUCAAAUUAUAAACUAAAAUUAAACUUGAUUGAAAAUGGUCAUGACACAUACGGCAACAUUUGACAUUGACGUUUUAUGGGGGGGGGAUCUGGGGGUUAUUUUUGGCAUGUCAGGAUGUUUCAUUUCUAGUUGCUAUUAUCUGAAACAACAAACCCGUAUUAGUUUUUGAAUCUUUAAAGAUGAAGCUUGUGAAAAUUUGUGAAGGUUAUCACCGUUCGUUGUUGAAAUUUCCCGUUUCUGUUGAUGGUCUAAAACCACUGAGUGAUGCAGAAGCCUCUGAAAAUCUAAGCAAUUCUGUGUGACCUCGGAGAUUUUUUUUUUUGAAGAAAGAUGAGUAGUUGUGUUCUUCAUCAAAGCCAAAAUCACUGUCAGACAUCAACUAUACAGUGUGUAAUGUGAGGAAAUGAAGGGAUCUGAGAGCAUGGAAUGAAGUGGAAAAAUGGGUACUGCCUUUAACGUAAUGUCAUCGUCAUGUCCCCCCCCCCCCCCCCCCCCCCAAAAGACACCUUUUAAAUUCUUAUCUUUGGACCUACAUUAAUUGUUCUUCCUAAAAGUGCCUUCUGUCUGCAGAAGAUAAAGACAUUUUCAGUAAACAUGCCUCCUGUGGUUACUUCAUUGGAUUUUAUAGCGGUAAAGAUUGCCUUUGCCCAUUCGGUCAAAAUGUGUUCAGGAGUAGCCUAUGCAUCAGUGCCAGAGGUCGCAAAAGUACAUGCGUUGAAUCAGUACUACUUUUCUCAAGUACAAACGUACAGGCUCUGAAAUGUCCUCGAUGUGUAGAAGUAAAAAGUAGCCCUUUGAAGGAUGUUUCUACCAGCGAUUUCUAUGUAAAGCUAAGUGAACCUUGUGCACUAUUAAUCUAAUCGUGGGGUCGGUGUGUGCGCCAGUGGAAGGAGGCAAACCCACACUUAAAAUUAAAUAAUACUAUACAUAAGGUGCUCCACUGCAAAUAUUUUAAUUGGCAAGUAUUUUGACAAUCCACAUGCACGUGGUUGAUAUUGGUUGUGUAUAGUGUGCUAACCUUGACAACCCAGCUAUAUAGAAUGGUAACCUAUAGCUAUCCUUGCCUUACUAGCUGCUCUUUACAUGUCUGCGAAUGACUUUUCUGAAGAGAAUAUGGCUAAAGCAUUAGGUAUUUUAAAUUGUGUAUGUACGCAUUUAUUCAUUCCAUGAAAUUGAGUCAUACAUGAGUUGAUGGUGGAUGACGUGCAUAGCGCCGAGUUGGCUAUAAGCAUGUAUGAGGUGAUUGAGUGAGUGGCAUAAUUGUUUUAUAUCCAUAUUCACUGGUUUUUGAGAAACUGAGCAUUUGUUUUUUUGCAAAUCCAAUAAAUAACUUUUUUUAUACAA